AUGAAAUCGCGACCGCGGAAGUCGGGCUUUACGCUCGUCGAGCUGUUGGUGGUCAUCGCCAUCAUCGGCAUUUUGAUUGCCCUGCUGCUUCCAGCAGUUCAGGUGGCCCGAGAAGCGGCCCGCCGUAUGAACUGCCAGAGCAACAUGAAGCAGAUUGGCAUCGCCAUGCACAACUACUUGGCUGCCACGGGCACGUUCCCACCGGGCAUCAUUGCCUUGUCGUACGAUGCCGAGGAAGGGGCCGCCGGAAAUAUUGAUGACGCAUUCAAUGGCGAUCUCUUCUUUAACAAUGGCUUCGCUUGCCUGUUGCCCUACAUGGAACAACAGCAGAUCACCGAAGUGUGGGAUCAAAACCGUGCUUGGUACGAUCAGCCAAAUGUUGGUGGGCAACCCAAUCCAAUUUAUACCUCCGUCGUGCCGGGGUUCAUUUGCCCUUCAAACUCUGACAAAGACAAUCCCGUGACCGAUUCGUUCUUUGUCUCCCUGCUGGAUAGCCUUGGCGAUCUUGCUGACGCAGACGACAUUAUCAAUACCGUCGGUUUAGAGUUCUCCUUAGGUGAUUACCUGCUCUGCAAAGGAGUCAGUGACGCUUGGUGCCUCAGCAAUGGUUUGGCUUUAAGCUACGAUGGAUUGCAACCCUACCUCGACGCAGCUUCCGGUGGCGGACUGAACCCCGUGCCGUGGGCGCAGCGUGAGCGAGGGAUGUUUGACAUUACCGGUCCGGCCAGGGCGGCAGAGCUUAUUCCGCUACCCGGAAUCGAAUUCGUUUGUAAGCCCGCGACGGUUAAAGAUGGAUUGAGCAACACUUUUGCCGCUGGCGAAGGUGCCCAGGGUCGUUCUUGGGGCAUUUGUAACACCAACGCAGGCGAUCGCUACGGCGGAUCGUCUCUAAUGCGGAUCGAAGAUGACACCUGCCAGACGAGCCCGACGAUUGCCCCAGCGCAUCUUGACGAUCCCUCGCGUCCCUACCCGAUUUACCAGGCUUGGUGGAUGACUCCGAGCGUCUUGAUCGCAGCCGAGAACGAUCCGCCAGCUUUGAUUGGCUCUCCUUUUGGUUGCACGCUUGAGCGGCUCAACACCCGUCCCGUGACUCAUACGGUCAUCGGGGUGAACGCCACGGGCGUGAUUGAUAUUGCCACUGCCAUGCUCAGCUGUCAGCCGAGUAUGGAUUGGGAUGGCGAUGGUCCGGGACAAUCGGUCGAUAGCAACCAUGCCACCAGUAAUUUCCGUAGCGAUCACCCUGGGGGUGGUAACUUCCUGUUCGGCGACGGAGCGGUCAAGUUCAUCCAGGACGGUAUCGAUCUGCCGACCUAUCGUGCCCUCUCCACCAUCCAGGGUGGCGAGACCAACACGAGCCCUCUUAACUAG